AUGGGCGAUUUUCCUACGGAAUCGAAAAAGUUCAACACCGAGUUGACAGACUAUUCUGUGCAACACGAUGACAGAACUGGCCCCUAUGCGGAGAACCUUGACAUUGACGCCGUCAUUGUCGGCGCAGGUUUUGCUGGCAUAUUCAUGUUGAAGACGCUCCGCGAUCGUGGCCUGAAGACGUACAUCUUCGAAGCUGGAAAUGACACCGGCGGUACAUGGCGCUGGAAUUGCUAUCCAGGUGCCGGCGUCGACUCCGAGGUGCCCGAGUAUGAAUUCUCCUGGCCCGAGGUGUGGAAGACGUGGAACUGGCCCAACAACUACCCGAACUAUGAGAACCUUCGAUCAUAUUUCGACCACGUUGACAAGGUCAUUGGAGUGAAGAAAGACUGUGCCUUCAAUACGGUUGUUGUCGGGGCUCAUUUUGACCAAGCCGAGGGCAAGUGGAACAUCCGCACAGAAGAUGGUCGCACAACCAAGGCCAAGUACCUUAAGAUUGAUGUUCGUGGCAAAAAGUGCGCCGUCAUUGGCACAGGAGCAUCCGGCGUCCAGAUUGUCCAGGCGUGGGGUCCUGAGGCUGGCGAGCUCAAGGUGUUUCAACGCACUCCCAACCUCGCUGUCCCAAUGCGCAAACGGGACCUUACCGUCGAGGAACAAGAGAAAGCCAAGAAGCACUAUCCUGAGUUGUUCAGAUACCGUGAGGCAAAUUUUGCCGGCUUUCUCUAUGACUGGGACGAGAAGAACACGUUUGAUGUUACCCCUGAGGAGCGCGAAGAGUUCUACGAGAGGAUCUGGAAAGACGGCGGAUUCCGAUACUGGGUCGCUCUAUACAAGGAUAACUUCUACAACCCAGAGUCGAACAAAGAGUCGUACAGGUUCUGGGCAAAGAAGACUCGCGCUCGGAUUAACGACGCCAGGAAGCGCGAUCUGCUUGCUCCUCUCGACAUGCCCCAUUACUUUGGCAUCAAGCGACCAUGUCUCGAGUAUAACUACUACGAGCAGUUCAAUAGGCCAACUGUGGAUGUUGUGGAUAUCAAGCACAAUGCUAUCAAGGACAUUGACGAGACCGGCAUCCUCCUCGAAGAUGGCACGCACUAUGAUUUUGAUGUUAUUGCGGUCGCAACAGGUUUUGAUAUUGUCACUGGAGUCAUGACACAGCUAGGGCUCGAGAGCGUUAACAACACCAAACUCGACGAAGAAUGGGUGACUGGCGCCGUGACUUACCUGGGACUCACCGUCAGCGGGUAUCCCAACAUGUUCCAUAUAUACGGCCCUCAGGCCCCAACGCUCCUCAGCAACGGUCCGACUACCGUCGAGUUGCAGGGCAGAUGGAUUGCCGACUGCAUCCAGAAGAUGCGGAUGAACAAUAUCAAGUACAUCAAUCCGAAGCGUGAGGCAGCUGUGGCUUGGAAGAAGGACAUUGUCGACAUCAACAACCAGAUGCUGUUCCCGACUGUCAGAUCGACUUACAUGGGUGGAAGUAUCCCUGGCAAGGUGUAUGAGCCGGUUUGCUACCCAGGCGGCAUUCCAAAGUAUGCGAAGCUGAUUCGCCAUGCUCUGGAUGAUAUGUCGGGCUUUGAUGUGGUCUCCAACUAAAAGCCGGUGUAUCAAUAUGUUCUAUCUGAUUUGCCUACUACGAAAUUGAAUAGUAAUGUUGUUUCAUCAAAUC